AUGAGUGCUGCUCAGACCCAAGCAACACUGGAGUCCAAACUGGAGGCCCUGCAGUGCCACUUCACUUGGAAUCUGGACCAAAGCACGACUAAACUUUUCCGUCUCAGGGACCAGCUGAAGGACAUCGGCACAGAGGAGGGAUACAGCUGGCUGGGUCACAUCUACAACCUGCAGGGGUUCAUUCACUACCAGCUGGGGUUCACCGAUGAUGCCCUGCGUUUCUUCAGCAGGGCAGCAGAGGCCUUCCGCCAGAUGAGAAACACCGUCUCAGACGAGGGCCCCUGGUUGGUGGUGAACCACGGGAAUCUGGCGUGGCUGCACCACCACCUGGGAGACACAGCAGAGAGUCAAGCUUACCUGUCAAAGGCCGACGACUUGACGAAUGAAUACCCAUCUCCAUCCCAGGACAAACUCCAUCCAGAGAUCUACGCUGAAAAAGCCUGGACCCUGAUGAAGUUUGGCGCAGAAAAAAAGCUUCUGGCUGCAGAUUACUUCCAGAGAGCCAUCAGGAUGCAGCCGGACAUGGUGGAGUGGCACAGCAGCCACAUCAUAGGGUUAGUGAAUGCUUUUAAGUAUAGCAACAAAAAGCUGGGGGCUGACAUCUUGGAGAAAAUGAAAAUCGCCAAGGAACAUGAUCCAGAGAACUUGUACCUCGCUGCUCUGUACCUUGAGGCCUGUGCUACGAAAGGAAAGCAAAUUGAAAGUGAAGCGCGUGAGUUGGCCAGCAGGGUUUUAAGAAAGCCCAUUAGCAGCUACAGUGGUAUCAAACCAUUACUAAGGCUGUACACAAUGUAUGUAUCUCCUGAUGAGGCCAUUGACUUGGCUGAGGAGGUUCUGGAAAGACAUCCAGAUGAACGAUAUCUGAAGAGAUGUGCUGCAAUCUGCUACAAAAAGAGGAUCUUUUUACACAGGGACAAUCCCCUGGAGCACAGCCUGAUCGACAGAGCUAUCAGUCUCUAUGAGGAUGUGAUUCCUCUUUACCCUCGUUCUUCACUUAAGAGAAAAAUAUCUCUUGCAAACAUAUACGCAGAGUCGAAACACCAAGUUAAAGCUGACCAGAUAUACGAGGAAUUGCUGAAGAGUGAUCUAGAUGCUGAAGGGGCACAGAUGCUUUACAACUACUAUGCAAAAUAUGUACACUUCAUCCAAAAAGAGAGCUACAAGUCGAUAGAAUAUCACAUGAUGGCAGCGGCGGUACCGCAACAAUCAUACUAUCGUAAAAACAGCAUCAGAACUCUGGAGAGGAUCAGAGAAAGAAACAGAAACCGAAUGUGUGGAGAAAUAGAUGAGUUUCUGAAUAACAUGCAAGACUAA